CAAGUAUGGUAUAAAGUAUAAUAAAAUGUCCAAAAGCUAAGUGAUCAGAUUGAUAUUUACAUUAUUUUUAUUACAACUAUCAUUUUUAUCUUUAUCAUUAUUUAUCUGAGUAAUCGACUUUCGUAACAUAAUAUUUACUUUGAUUUCGCUUUAAACAUCAUAUUAAGUCCUACAUUAAAGUGUUCACAAACCCCCAAAUUUAGUUAAAGAAUUUGAGGUGCAAGAAGGUUAUGGCAAAGAUGGAUUUAUCAUUAUUAAAAAGCAAAUUUCGCGGUACAAUGCUUGGUGCUUUAAUCGGUGAUUGCACUGGUAGCCCUUAUGAUAGCGGCGAUCAGUUAACAAGCGGCAUGAAAUUAGUUUUACAAAAAUCAUUUGAUAAAUUGGAAGGUCCACCAUUCAAAGCACCUGUCAUGCAGUUUACAGAUGAUUCUGCUAUGACUUACUCUUUGGCUAAAUCUCUGGUUGACCAGAAGGAAUUAGACGUUGUUGAUGUUGCAAAAAGAUUUGUUAAAAGUUAUUACCAAGAACCUAAUCGAGGCUAUGGUAUGGGUGUUGUAACGGUAUUUCAAAAAUUACGGGGUAACAAAUUUGCAGACAUUGUAAGUCCAGCCAAGGAGCAGUUUAAUAGACAAGGGUCAUGGGGAAAUGGUGGUGCAAUGAGAGUUGCACCUAUUGCACUAUUCUCAUAUCAAAACUAUGAUAAACUUUUAGAUACAGUUAGGAAAGUGACUCAGAUUACUCAUACUCAUAAAGUUGGAAUAGAUGGGGCUAUUUUGCAAGCAACAGCAAUUUAUCAAAGUCUGCAUUUAAAUCCAAAUGAAGAAUUAAAUGUAACAAAUUUUAUUGAUGAUUUGAUUCAUAAAAUGGAUCAAAUAGAAAAAGAUGAAGAAGGAUUAGGUUUAUCAGAACCGCAACCAUACAAAGUACAGCUAUGUAUGGUAAAAUCACUAAUAUCUGAAGAUGCUAAAGGCUCACACGAUGAAAAAGUGAUACAAAAGUUGGGAAAUAGUGUUGCAGCUUUGUAUUCAGUACCUACUGCAAUAUUUUGUUUUUUAAGAGCACAAAAACCAAUCAUGGGUAUACAGACAGAUAAUCCUUUCAGAAGAGCAGUUCAAUAUGCUAUCAGUUUAGGUGGUGAUACAGAUACUAUUGGUAGUAUGACUGGAGCGAUAGCCGGUGCGUAUUAUGGAGAAGAAAAAAUUAGUAGUAAUCUUUUACAACAUUGUGAAGCCUCAGAGGAAUUUCGAAUUUUAGGCGACAAACUACUUGAAUUGUCGGUAGCGCAAUAGAAAUUUCCUUUUAUUUACGCACAAGAUCAAAUGUAAUAACUGUUUUAUUUUUUAAUAAGAAUCUUGUAGAAAUGUAAUUAUCAUUAAGACUGUCUUUGUUAUCUACUCAAUUAUUGCUAAGUUAUUCGUGAAAUAUUUUUACGACAGAUUUAUAACAUCUUAUGUACCUAUAGCUAUUAUGAAUUUGUACAUUUAUCGAAUAAAUAAUCUGUACAAUC